CAAACUCCAUUAAUGGUCGAGAGUGUAAAUAUAAUUUCAUGGCCACCAUUCGUUGUGGCAGAGGAUAUUUCAAAAUGGAAAAAAAAAAACAGACCGCGGGAGAUAACUCCAAAUUCGACUAUUUCCUUUUCCCCAUUUCCAUGGCGAACUCUCUAGCUUCAACUAUCAUCGCUCCGCCGUCUCUCCGCUGGCCCCGCCGCCGCCCGAUUUUCCGUCCAAACUACCGCCGAAAGCUCCGCGAAUUUCGAUUCUGCGCGAAGAAUCCAACCAACGAUACAUCAAUUAAUACAGAGAAAGCCGAACCUGAAAACGUGCUGCUGAAAAUCGCCUGGUACGGAUCGGAAUUCCUGGGGAUAGCAGCCUCUCUCCUCCGCUCUCCGCCGGAAAGUGCGGAUUCAGGAGCUGACGUGGAGCUUUGUGCUGACGGAUUGGGGAAGAUCGAUCGAGCCGCUGUUGUGGAGAGGAUCAAACAGGAUUUCGAUCGAUCCUAUUUUGUGACAGGAAAUUUGACGGCGGAUGCUUAUGAAGACGAGUGCGAAUUCGCGGAUCCAGCGGGUUCAUUCAGAGGGCUGAGUCGGUUUAAAAGAAAUUGUACUAAUUUUGGUUACUUAAUCGAGAGAUCGAAUAUGAAGCUGAUGAAAUGGGAGGAUUUUGAGGAUAAAGGGAUCGGGCACUGGCGUUUCAGCUGCGUGAUGUCGUUUCCAUGGAAACCGAUUCUAUCAGCUACUGGUUUUACAGAGUAUUUCUUUGAUGAAAAUUCUGGAAAAGUAUGCAGGCAUAUUGAACACUGGAAUGUGCCCAAAAUGACUCUUCUGAAGCAGCUUUUAAAGCCUAGCAUCUACAACAAAUCAAACCCAAAAACAUGAUGAACUUUCAAGUCAAGCAUAGUUUAGAUCAAGAUGAGAUCAAAUGAAAUCAAAAUUAGCCUCUUUUUGUGUGCAAGUAAUAGCUGUUUACAUGAUUAGUUGCUUAGUGUUAUAAUAUGAGUUGGUGAAAAGAGAUGAUGCUUCUACUCUUGAUUAGUUUGAAGUUAUCUUUGUUUGGAGGCACACUUUGGUGUAUCCACUUUAAUUAUAUUUUAAUUUUGAUAAAUCAUAAUUGAAAAUUG